UUGGCUCGGUAAAUCCUGCGGGAACAUCGACUGUGCGCUUCACGUCAACUUGCGCCGCCUGUGCGUCACUUAUCUCAGGUCACUCCUCCUUGCAGUGAUGGCGGAAGUGGACGAAACCGACAUCAUGAUGAACUACCAUGGAGAUUUCUUAAAAGGCGACAGAAAAAACAGCCGCUACCCCUACUGCGUCGUCUGGACGCCUAUUCCUUUUUUAUCGUGGGUGUUCCCCUUCAUUGGUCACAUGGGUAUAUGCACCUCUGCUGGAAUUAUACGAGAUUUUGCAGGAUCCUACUUUGUCUCGGAAGAUAACAUGGGCUUUGGAAAACCUACAAAGUAUUGGAAGCUUGAUGUGGACAAAGUUUGUGGCAAUGGUGCUGCGAUAUGGGACAAAGCAGUGCACGACGCCUCUGAAGAAUACAAAUGUAGGCCGCACAAUCUGUGCUUAGAUAACUGCCAUUCCCACGUUGCCAUGGCCCUCAACCUUAUGCGGUACAACAACAGCACGUCUUGGAACAUGGUGAAACUGUGUGCGCUGUCUCUUAUUCACGGAAAACAUGUGAGCUGGGCUGCCUUCCUCAAGACCUGGCUUCCCUUCAUCAUGAUCUGCGGAGUCUUUGGCACAUUCAUCCUCACAUUCAACCUGCAUUAACAGACCAGGCAGGCCAUCGGGAGAACUCAUUGACUUUGGCUAUACUUUAUACAUUGUCAUCGACUGUUGACAUGACUUUUGAAGGGACAUUUGUUUCAUGUACAAAAAAAUCCAGAUGAUGGACUUCAUUGUGUGUUAGAGAUCUAUUCUCUAGGGGGGUAUUUAAGAGCAAAACAUAGCUGUUUGUGUGUAGUUUUGAAGUCAAUAGUAUGUUUUAUCCAUUUAUUAUAAAGUAUUAAUGAUUUAGUUGUUUUUUCACACAGUGGGUUCUGUGUUUAUGUUUUGUUUAUCAGGGGAAUUAUACAAUUGUUAUACCACAGUAUAGUUGAGAUGUACGUUUUCCAAGAAUGGCAAUUAUGAAUGCUUUUCCGGACUGGCUAAUGUUAAUAUCGGUGAGGAAUCAUGGAUCAAAAAAUCAAAAAGAAGUAUUCAUCAAUUAUUUGUCUAAAAGUUAUUAGACGCUACCAAAAAUAUAUAUGAAGUAGGACCCAUCUGUGAAAAAUGGAGGUAUUGUCAUUCUGUAAAAGAAACCUACAUUCAAUCUUCUUUCCUUUAUAAUUACAAAUAUACGUUUUAUUUUUCCAUGUAUUAUUCACUCCUCUCCAGACAGAAUAUGAAUGCUUUCUAACAUCCUUACAUCCUUGAGCUGAAAUGUUACUUUAACUCUAAUUUAAAGGCAAUACUAUAAUGAA